GUAGAUUUUCUCAAAAGAAGACGAGAAAACUCGACAAAUUCUCUUUAAACUGCAAUUCGUUUCUCCAUCCAUGACAACUUGUCGUGAUUCCAGUUUUGGGAAAACUACCUGCAAGUCAGCUGGGAAGUCUUACAUUCUGAACAAGGGAUUUCUAGAGAGCAUCCUAUUGUAUCCAGUCAGUUUCCUGCUGCUCCUCUCUCCAUCGUCCUCCCAGGAGACAAGGUCCAAACUUCAGACUGCGGAGUUUGGAAUAUUUUUGCAGAGGCAAAAGAGGACAAGGGCAUAGUGUUGCAACAUCAUACAAAGAGAUCCUGGCUCCUGUAAAGAUGGCUUACGUGGUGCAGCCAGACGCGGAGAGCUUGCAGAUACCCGGUGAUAAUUUAUCAACCCCUUCAUCGCCUGCCACUGCUAGGAAUGACUGCAGCAUCACACCCAUCACUCCCUUACCCUCACCGAGGGUGGAGGUCAGACCCAGGAUGUCCUGUCCGUUCUCAGUUGUGGUGGCAAUCGACUUCGGGACGACCUCCAGUGGCUACGCGUUCAGCUUCACACAGGAUGCAGAAGCCAUCCACAUGAUGAAGCGCUGGGAGGGUGGGGACCCCGGGGUGGCCAAUCAGAAGAGUCCAACAUGCCUGCUGCUGACUCCUGAUCUGCGGUUCCACAGUUUUGGGUUUGCGGCACGGGACUUUUACCAUGACCUGGACCCAGAGGAGGCCCGACACUGGCUCUACUUUGAUAAGUUCAAGAUGAAGAUCCACAGCACGAGUGACCUCACCAUGGAGACCGAGCUUGAGGCGGUCAACGGUCGGAGGGUCAGAGCCAUCGAGGUGUUUGCUCAUGCCUUGCACUUCUUCAGGGAACAUGCCUUAAAGGAGGUGAAGGACCAGUCAUCAUCAGUGCUGGAGGGAGAGGAGAUCAGAUGGGUAAUCACCGUCCCUGCUGUGUGGAGACAACCUGCCAAACAGUUCAUGAGAGAGGCUGCAUACCUGGCUGGUCUGGUGUCUCCUGACUGUCCUGAGCAGCUUCUCAUUGCUCUGGAACCCGAAGCAGCAUCCAUUUACUGUCGCAAGCUCCGCCUCCAUCAGGUGCUUGACCUGAGCUUGCAGCCAAUCACAAAUGGUUUAGAUCCAGAGGGGUCCCGGCCCUUCGACUCCAGCUUCAGACAAGCGAGGGAGCAGUUGAGGCGAUCCAGACACAGCAGGACCUUCCUGGUGGAGAGUGGAACUGGAGAGCUGUGGUCAGAGCUGCAGACUGGUGACAGGUAUAUUGUUGCAGACUGCGGAGGAGGAACAGUUGACCUGACAGUUCAUCAGAUCGAGCAGCCACAGGGAACACUUAAAGAGCUCUACAAAGCUUCAGGUGGUCCGUACGGUGCUGUGGGUGUAGACCUGGCCUUCGAAGCCAUGCUGUGCCAGAUCUUCGGUGAGGACUUCAUCCAGAGCUUCAAAGCCAAGCGGCCAGCAGCCUGGGUGGACCUCACCAUCGCAUUUGAGGCAAGGAAACGGACGGCGGCGCCGGGCAGGGCCAACGCCCUCAACAUCUCCCUGCCCUUUUCUUUCAUCGACUAUUACAAGAGACACAGAGGCCAGAGUGUUGAGGCCGCCCUGAGGAGGAGCAAUAUGAACAUAGUGAAGUGGUCAUCUCAAGGUAUGCUGCGGCUGACACAGGAAGCCAUGAACGAGCUCUUCCAGCCCACCAUCGCCAAUAUUGUGAAACACAUUGAGGAACUGAUGGCAAAGCCGGAGGUGCGCGGUGUGCGUUUUCUCUUUCUGGUUGGUGGUUUUGCAGAGUCGCCCAUGCUGCAGAAAGCCGUCCAGAGAGCGCUGGGGCGUACAUGUCGCAUCAUCAUCCCCCAUGAUGUUGGACUGACCAUACUGAAAGGUGCCGUGCUCUUCGGUCUGGAUCCCACUGUGGUCAGAGUGCGGCGAUGCCCCCUGAUCUAUGGCGUUGGUGUCUUGAACCGGUUCGUAGAGGGACGCCACCCUCGUGACAAACUCCUCAUCAAAGACGGUCGCGAGUGGUGCACCGACAUCCUCGACCGCUUCGUCUGCGUGGACCAGUCGGUGGCCCUGGGCGAGGUCGUGAGGCGGAGCUACACGCCUGCUCGUCUGGGCCAGCGGAAGAUCAUCAUCAACAUCUACUGCAGCGCGACGGACGACGUCACGUACAUCUCCGAUCCCGGAGUCAGGAAAUGCGGGACGAUAACUUUGGACUUACCGGAACCAUUACCACCACCGGGGGCAGUGGGAGGAGCAGUGGGAGGAGUAGGCCCGGAGAGAAGAGAGAUCAGAGCGACCAUGCAGUUUGGAGACACGGAGAUCAAAGUCACAGCCGUUGACGUCAUGUCUAACCGCUCCGUGCGGGCUUCCAUAGACUUCCUGUCUAAUUGAGGAGGAGCAGGAAGUGGAGACGGGGAUCGGAAGUCACAGAAAAAAACUGAUUCUAGGGAUGAUAACUGAAGAUAAAGCGGUACUUUGGGAGUGGGCAAUAUUUGUUUUGAGACUUUGCAUUUUAAGAAGAAAUUCACAUCCUGUAAUUGAGAAAUUUGGGCUUUAAAUUUACUCAUUAGAGUAUAAAAAGAGAACGAGAGGCACUUUUUUGUUUAAAAACUCUCCAUCCCUCAGGAGUACACCCUCCUAAACAAAUAAGUCUCCUGAAGGGUAGACGCCCUCUAUGGACAAGAAAAGAAAACGUGUCUGCCUUCAGUGGAGUUUGUCAUGUCACGCCAUAUAAUGCCGUCACAGACAUUUCCUGCCCAGAAAAUAUUCAGAGGAGAGAAGCUGGUGGCUGGGAGCACAUCCCCGCUGCAACGAAUAGAUACCUUCUAGUAAUUUAACCUGUCUGUGGUCUUUUUCAACUUGUUCUUUGUACUACCUAGACUAAGAUUCAUUCAUCUUAACUGCUAAGUAUGAAGGCUCUUCCCUCAUAUAUUAAAUUAAACUCAACGGUAUCUCACAAGCUCUGGUCUUAUACCUCAUUUAAAUGCUAUUUCACUCUCCAAAUCCAAGAGGAGAUGUUGAUACAAAUACUUGGACUGAAGCUUUGUUGCUCUAAUGUGACUGUGCUUGUGCGUGACCUAGUGGUCAAAAGACUGAACUACAAGGUGGAAAUCAUACAGGAAGUUAAAAGCUCUUGGGAUGCGUCAAACACAACUACGAAUCCUUCAUUACAAGGACUGGCAUUAUUGCAGAAUUUGCAUGUUUAUUACGAAGUACGUCACCAUUUAUGUUCACUGUUCAGUAUCUGUAGUGUUUAACAGUUCAAGACAUUUUUUUCUUUGCAAAUUUGGAUAAGAGCUUUAUCUGUUUAACAUGUAUUUCCAGGUUAUUCUUUACUUUUUGCAUACAAAAUGGUAAAAUUUAAACCAAUUUGAUCCACUGGGGUUUUAUUUUUAGAGAGAAGACAAGUUUUCAACUCACUGUCCACUUACGAGCCUUUCUCUGUGAUUUAAGUCACAUCUCUGAUUUUAGCAGCUUAUUAUGGAGAUUGCUCAGGAGUCUUCUAGUGUUGUGAAAAAUAUUGUUUUAUCGUUAUAUAUCAAUCCUAAAUCACUAUUCAUUUUCUGCGGUUUUGACACUGUUGGACCGUCUAAACCUUCUCGCUCUCUUAUUGAUAACUAUAGUUGGUCUGCUGUUCUGUGCUACUAACCACGAGAAGUCAUCGUGUUUUGGCGUUGUUAUAUUUAAACUUUUCAUUAAAAAAAUCAAUAAUUAUGCUCUAAAUGGUAAUUUUCCCUGUGUUGUCGAAGAUUGUAUUGACCAUGAUAUUUUUCAAGGUAUUGUAUUUAAGUUAGACAUUCCAGUACUGUGACAACACUACAGUCUUCAUUAGAAGUUACCACAUGUUAAAAUGUAACUGAAGGUCAUUACAUGUGAGCAAUCACCAUGGCAACUGAAUAAACUCCGCCAAUGGAGCACGACAGGCAAGACAGCGCAGUUAAAAGCUUAAAAUCUUCACUUCUUUUGUUUUGUUUUGUCUGUUGUUCUUUUGUAUUGUCUGUACAUUUUUUAACCAAGUGAUCCUCUGCAGGAGCUUUAACUUUGCAACCUUAAAACAUUGUGCCAAGUCACAUUAAAGCUUAAAGUGUUGUCAUGUUACGUAUGCUGUAAUAAACUGUAUUCAUGUUUAAGUUCAUGUUAAGUGACCUUAUGGGAGAAAGAUUAAGAACCACUGUACCAUGUUCGCCAUGCUGACCUUUUGAGUUCUUUUGCAGCUUUAUCAUUUGUCAUUUCACUGCAUGUGGUUGAUGUAUGAUGUGUUGUUGCAUUACGUUACUAUGGGAGGCGUUUUGUAAAUUUUCAGUAGUUUCAGUUGCACAUUUUACAUGUUUACAAUUUACAGUGCAUGUCAAAAAAACAUAUUUCUUACUAUUCCUUAGC